AUGGAGGAAGAACUCAAAAACUUCAUCAAGGUUUGGGUUUUUGCAAUAAUCUCCAUAUCUUAUUGUUACUACUUAUCAGCCAGAAUCAAAGCUGGUGUUUUUCGAUUACUCUCUGUUCUUCCUGUUUGUGCUCUGUUUCUUGUCUUUCCUCUGUUUUUCUCAUCUGUUCAUUUCUCUGGUUCCAUAGCUUUUUUCCUCACAUGGCUCGCUAAUUUCAAACUCAUACUCUUCUCAUUCGACCAAGGUUCUCUUUUCCCACUUCCCUCAAAUCUCGCCCGAUUUAUCUGCUUCACUUGCUUACCCAUCAAGCCUCAACAAAACCCUAACUCUCAUAAUCAACUGCCCAAAUGGAUUUUCGCCAUUAAAGUUGCUAUCUUUGGUGUCUUGUUACAAAUUUACGAGUAUAAACAUGAUCUAUCUCCGAUUGUGCUAUUGCUUCUCUAUUCUCUUCAUAUAUACUUGGAGCUUGACAUUUUCUUAAUGCUCGUCAAAGUUUUGGUCUCUAUCACUCUUGCGUGCGAUCUAGAGCCACAGUCCGAUGAACCAUACUUAGCCACCUCUCUUCAAGACUUUUGGAGUCGACGAUGGAAUCUCAUGGUUCCGGCGAUCCUCCGGCCAUCCGUUUACGUCCCCGUACGGCAAAUCACCGAGAGGAAAAUGAACUCCGAUCAAGCUCUGUUCUUGGGAGUUUUCGCUUCCUUCCUCAUUUCCGGUGCGGUUCACGAGCUGGUCUUCUUCUAUAUUACACGUGAGUUGCCUACGGGAGAGGUCACUUGGUUCUUUUUGUUACACGGAGUUUGCAUGGCAGUGGAAGUGGCAGUGAAGAAGAGGACGUUUGUGUGGCGGUGGAGGAUGAGUCCGAUGGUUUCACGACUGCUCACGGUGGGGUUUGUGCUUGUAACGAGUGGUUGGUUGUUUUUCCCUCCUCUUGUAAGGAGUGGCAUGAUCGAGAGACUCGCUAAUGAAGCUUUGUUAUUCACUGAUGUCGUCAAGCGCAAGUUUUUUACUUUUGGAACAGUGGAUUGUCUGCUGGUCCGAAGCACGCCUCUUCAGAAAUAUUGGUUAGUGGAGAACCAAUACAACGUGACUGUAGAGGAGGUUUCGAAAAGCAGUUCUUCUUGGAAAAAAUCAGGAGAGAGAUCGAGAGAGUAUGCUUGCAUAAGAACUCAAGAACAAAAAGGGUGUGAGGAAUAA